AUGAAUAUAAUCGAGAAAAAAUUGGAAUUUCGACCAGAAUGUGUAAAAACAACAAAUAUCAAUGAUCUUCAAGCUUGCCAUGCUAAUCGAAUGUAUACAGUUGAAAAAAUCAAGAAAACAGCUCUUGUCUGCGAUUCAACUGGUGCUUUGAGAUUGACUCUAUGGGAAAAUCAAUUCGAACAAAUCGAUGACAAUAUGAACCCAUGGAAAGCAGAUAAAGGCCAAAUGCUCUUUGUCGACCAGUUGGUAAUCAAUACAAAUGUCACGGUUGUGGCGGAGCAAAUCUUACCAAAAACCAAACUACAAUAUCGUGCAAUGACUGUCGAUCUUGAUUACUAA